AUGUCGGCUGGCACUCCUCAUCCUUUUGACCCAGCAACCGCUGAGGAGAUCGCAUCUGCGGCGGAUGCGAUCAAGACCCUCUUCAAUGGCAUCCCGCUGCAUUUCAAGGCGGCGGGCAUUGAUGAACCCCCGAAACAAGCAAUGCUCGAGUUCCUCGAUGCCGAGCAUUCAGGGCGGCCACUUCCGCUCGUGCCAAGGUGCAUCUUUCUGAUUUGGUACAUCAAGAGUACACCGCGUCUCUUCGAAGGCAUAGUUGAUGUGACCCACGGGAAAGUGGUGUACCACAAGGAACUUCCACGGGACUUCCAUGGGCCGGUUGACAGAAUAGAACUGGGUCAGGCAGCCGAGGUUGUCAUGGCUGAUGAGGGAGUCCAGCAAGAAAUUAAGAGGCUGAAUCUGGACAACACCACGAUAGUGCUCGACCCUUGGGACUACGGAGUUGAUGGUCACGAGACGCAAGAGAGGCACACUCAGGUGUUUAUGUACAUGCGAAACCCCAAGAACAACAACCCGGACUCAAACCAUUACGCCUUCCCCCUUGAUUUCAUGGUCAUAGUAGAUCUCUGCGCCAUGAAAGUCAAACGCAUCAUACGGCUUCCUCUUGGGUCAGACGCAACCACUACUCCCUUGGGUUCUGAUGUCCCGCAUCCGCAUGUUGAUCCGGUUGAGCCUGAGUAUGCACAUGAGUUGCAAAAGGUGUCUCCCAGAGCCACCUUGAAGCCGUACCAAGUUGUGCAACCUGAGGGCGCUUCUUUUACUGUGGCCGGUAACUUGAUCGAGUGGGAGAAGUGGCGGUUCCGCGUCGGCUUCAACUGGCGUGAAGGCAUGACCUUACACGAUUUAUCCUUUGAUGGCAAGAGUAACUUUUACCGCCUGUCCCUCUCCGAAAUGUUCGUGCCGUAUGGCGACCCUCGCAAUCCCAUCUACCGCAAGGGCGCCUUCGACCUGGGCAACGUGGGAGCUGGUGUUACCGCCAACAACCUUCAGCUCGGCUGCGACUGUCUCGGCAUGAUCAAGUACCUAGAUGGCUGCGUCAUCAGCCCAGACGGCACGCCGGCCCCGCGUCCCAAUGCAAUCUGCAUCCACGAGGUCGACAACGGCAUCCAAUGGAAGCACACGAACCACCGUACGGGCCGCGCCGUCGUCGUGCGCAAGCGACAGCUCGUCCUCCAGACGAUCAUCACCGUUGCCAACUACGAGUACAUCUUCGCGUGGUACUUCGACCAGUCCGGCGAACUGACCUUCGAAACGCGCGCCACGGGCAUCCUCUCGACCCAACCCAUCGCCAAGGACGUCAAGGUCCCGUGGGGCACGCGCGUGGCGGACGGCGUCAUGGCGCCGUACCACCAGCACCUAUUCAACCUGCGCAUCGACCCGGCCGUCGGCGGGAACCGCAACAGCUUCGCCAUGACCGACUCGGUGGCGAUGCCGUGGGACGCGCAGCUCAACCCGCUCGGCACCGGCUACGUGACGCAGGAGACGGUCGUCGAGCGCGGCGGCCCCCUCGACGACGACGUCGCCCGCGGCCGCAUCUUCAAGAUCCUCAACGAGUCCAUCACUAACCCCGUCUCGCUCACUCCCGUCGGAUACAAGCUCGUGCCGCACCGCAGCCAGAUGCUGCUCGCCCACCCCGGCACCUGGCACGCCCGCCGCAGCGAGUUCGCGACGCAUCCGAUUUGGGUCACGCCGUACGCCGAUCGUCAGCUCUUUCCGGCGGGUGAGUAUACGAAUCAGGGGCUCGGCGGGUACGGGAUUGCGUCGUGGCUGGAUCCGGAGUCGCCGUAUAACCGCGAGCGUCCGCGUGAUAAUUCGGCGCCGGGAAGGCCGGUGGUGCGGGACACCGAUAUCGUUGUCUGGCACACGUACGGCCUGACGCACAACCCCCGGGUGGAGGACUUCCCUGUCAUGCCGGCCGAGAUUGUGCAGAUCCAUCUCAAGCCGUACAACUUUUGCGAGUUCAAUCCGACCAAUGACGUGCCGCCGUCUACGCAGGAUAAGAAUCAAAGUCAAGAGUACAAGGGUCCGGAGGAGAAAGAGCUGGCUGCACGGGGAAAGGUGUGUUGUCAAAGCAACCUGUAG